UAAUAUACAUUUAACUUAGGAAAAUUUAUAAUGACUACUUAUAUCUUAUUAGUUAUUUUCUCGGCCUUCUUAAAAAAUAAUCUAAUUAGUCUAUUUACUGAGUAUAGAAUAUAUAUUUUUUUAAAUAUAAAAAUAAAACGAGAAAUUAACCAAACUAUAAAAGAUUAAAAACAAUUUUCUCAAAUAAAAAUUAUUGUUCAUUCUAUUUUAAAAAAAUCAAGAAGAAAGCCUAUGCUUGUAAAAUAUUUUGAGGUCCAUUCAUCCAAAAGCCCAGAUCCACCCAGAGACGUCCCCAGCUCAUCUCCCGCUCACGUGACUUGCAUACCCCACGCCACCCUCCCUAGUCCCUCCCUCAUAAAACUAAGGAUUUUGAACUUUCUGCUGCAGAUUACUUGCAUGUUCUUGUUUUUCUCCAUCUAUUGGUAGCAUCUUGAUUUUUUUUUUCCAAAUAUUUGUAUUUGUUUGUAGUAGAACCAUCUUAGUUUUCAUCUACGUCUUCUCCAGCAGUAAUCCAUCUAUUUUUUCCAAAUCAAGCCAAAUUUACUACCAUUAAGAAAGGCUAAUUAAGAAUAGAGUUGCCGUGUGUGACCGUUGCUAGUCACAUUAUUUGAAUAUUUACUAAUAAAACUUUUAAGAAAAAUUAAAAUAAAAGAAAAUUUUCGUUGUUGUUUGAUAUCCUUGUUUUAGAAGCUCACACGGGUAAUAUUAUACUUGCAAUCAAUUUUUCUAGUGAAAUAAACCUGAUUAAUACAGAAAAUUUCCCAUUGCUUUGUGGCCUGUGAAUAAAUUAAACUUGAACUGCUACAAAAUAUGUUUCACAGCAAUGUCUGGUUCAUUUUGAAGUCUUAUGUUAUCUUACAGGCCAGAUUGAUUGUUGAAAAUAUUCAACUUCAUAUUCUUCCAUCCAAGAAUCCAGAUGGAUAUUUUUCAAGGAGGCGUGGUAAUGCUAACAAUAUUGACCUAAAUCGAGCUUUUCCUGACCAGGUAUCUCAUUUUUGUUGCUGCUUUUGUUAUUUGUUUUGUCAAAUUCAGAUAUAACCUAAAUUCAAAAUUAAUUAGACUCUACUUUGAUGAUGAUGAAUACCAAAAUGUAUAAAAUGAAACAGUUCUGCAUUUUUUAUAUCCCAUGUCACAAGUUGCAGACCUACCCGGAAAAAAAACCUGUAGAAUCUUUGAAUCAUUUUACCAUGACAAAACAAAUUCUAAUUGGAGUAACUUUUGCAAUAUAUUUUACAUGGAAGUGCUGUGUUUGGAUUCCUGUUCUUUUAAGAGAUAGACCAGGAGGAGAUAGAAAGAAAAUAGUAAACAGUUUGAGAUUCAUUGCAUUGCUAAAUAAUUUAGCUGUCUGAUCAACAAUAUAAUUGUGGUUUUGGUAGUAUUUUGUCCAAUCAUUGGAUCUGGACCUUUCAGGACGAGAUUGAAAUUCAAAUAAUACUCCUAUACAAAACAUAUGUUGGAACUUGAUUAUUUUUUCUGUGACUGAAAUGAUCUUAUCAACUAGUGUUUAGACCUUGCGUUCAAAUUGUUUGGCCUAAAUUCAGUUAAAAUUAUAAAACUGCCAUUACUGUGCAAUGAGAUGUUCCAACAUGUUGCUUUAUUUAAUGCACUAGUUGAAUCUGUGGUUUACAAUUCCUUUCUAGACUUGGUUGUGACUGUAUUAUGAUAAAAGUAUUACCGACAUGACUUGCCAGUUCUUUUCACUCAAUAAUGAGAUAAAUGCACGUCAACCUGAAACAAGAGCAAUUCUGAAUUGGCUGAGCGAGAUACAAUUUGCAGCAUCUGCCAGUUUGCACGGGGUAAUUCUUCAUCUUCUUUUCCUCUAUGCUAUGAACUUGGUGAAAGUCAUAUACAUACACUGCUUUUUUGAAAAAAUAAUUUCCUUGCUUUCUCCAAGCUAAGAUGAUAGACACUCAUUUACCUGGUAUUCUCGACAUGGCAGUGUACACUAGAUGUUGUGAUUCAAUCAAAAUAAAAUUUUCAAUCCACAAGAAGAGGGAUGAAGAUCAUAUGGAUACAUGAACAUCUGCUAAAGGGGAUGAAGUAAUCAUAUGGGUACAUGAAUGUCUGCUGAUUCUUAUAUCAAUAUGUGCCCAAAGUGGCUAUCAGGGUGCACAAGUUGCAAAUUACCCGUGGGAUGGCACCGAGGACAACAAGAGAAAUUACUAUGCAUGCCCUGAUGAUGAUACAUUCCGGUUCAUGGCAAGCAUAUAUAGUCAGUCGUUCUCACCAUAAAAUGUCUCUGAGUGAGGAAUUCCCUGGAGGAAUAACAAAUGAAGCAUCUUGGUACCCAAUAUAUGGUGGAAUGCAAGAUUGGAAUUAUAUACAUGCUGGGUGUUUUGAAUUGACAUUGGAGAUUAGUGACAACAAAUGGCCUAAUGCAAGCGAGGUUAAAGCUGGCAGAGGGUUUCCUGAUUACCAUCGGCCCCUUGCCCCAGGAGAUAGAUAUGAAGCAGUAACAGUUGAUGAUGCAGAAUUCGCUAGAGGGGCUAGAAACAGAAAAUGCAAGUAGAAAAACCUCACCAAACGGGACCCAGCGAAUUAUAAAGAUACGUCAAACAUCAAUUAUCCUAAUCAACAACAGAAACAUAU